AUGUCAGACGAAAAACAUAAGAAAGAGCUCAACGUGGUGAUAUCUCCCCUGGUCAGUCGCUUCAGCGAGUUCGAUGCGGGAGAGCACGCUGUGUUUGUGGUGCAAGAGGAAGGACCAGACUUUCGUGGUGUGACGUGCUUGGGAGCUGCUGUGUUGAUCGCCAAAGCUCAGUUUGGGUUGGGUGUGCUUGGUAUCCCAGAAACAUUUCUGGCCUUGGGCGUGGUACCGGGCCUCAUUUGUCUUCUUGCCCUUUGCGCCUUGAGUACUUGGACUGGUUACAUUGUGGGCCAGUUUCGUCUUCACCACCCUCACGUCUACAGUAUUGGAGAUGCCGCCGAGAUCAUGUUCGGAACUGCUGGCAGGGAGUUCAUGGGCGGCGCUUUCUGGUUAUACUAUGCGCUUGUGUACGGAGCUUCACUUCUUACCUUGUCGAUUGCCUUCAACACUUUGACAGAACACUCUCUUUGCACAACUGCUUUCGUGGGAAUAGGUGCAGCUAUGACUUUUGUGCUUGGAACUGCCAUCAGAACCAUGAAGGUGAUGUCGUGGUGCGGAUACAUUGCCCUUGCUUCAGUGUUCGUCAGCUCGUGGGUGGUUGCAAUUGCUUGUCUUACGCAGUCAACUCCUGUUGCUGCUCCAAAAGGUGAGCCCGUGGUCAAGGGAAUUGUUGCUGUGGCCACAGGGAAACCGUUCUCAACAAUCUCCAGUGCCAUUGGUGUCCAGCUCUUGAGUCUUUGUGGCACUGCUGCCUACUUUAACAUCCACUCGGAAAUGAGAGACCCUUCCCAGUACACGAAGUCGUUGUUGCUUGGCCAAGGGUUCGUCAUUAUCAACUAUAUUAUCCUCUCGUGCAUGAUCUAUGGUAAGGUCGGCAACUACGUCACCUCGCCAGCUUUGGGGUCGGCAGGCCGGCUCUUCCAGAAAAUCUCCUACGGCAUAGCUUUUCCUGGUUUGAUUUUUUCGUGUUUCUUCCACUCCCAUUUGGCGGGCAAGUAUGGUUUAGUUCGCAUUCUCAGAGACACAAGGCAUCUCCAAAAAAAUACCAAAACCCACUGGAUCACCUGGGUGGGCAACAUGGUCUUAUCGGUUGUGUUCGGGUUUGUCAUUGCCAGUGCCAUUCCUUUUUUCAACGACUUGUUGUCGCUUGUGGCUUCUUUAAUAGGCACCAGCUUCAUGCUCAUUGUGCCCGGAUUUUUGGCUCUUUACGAAAUGUGCUUGUACGUACGCAAGCAAGACGACCCGCUUUUGGCGUGGGUGAGCGAGUGCAAGAGGAAUUGGAGAAGAAGCAGAUAUAGCAUCAUCACCACCGUGCUUGCGUUCAUUGCUAUUGCAUUUGGCCUCUUCAUCUUGGUGGCUGGAACCUACGGAUCAGUGCAGUCGAUCAUCAACAAUUACAAGGCUGGAGUGGUCGCUGGUGCCUUUGAUUGUGGCGAUAACAGUUAA